CGUAGAAAUCUGCUACCGCUGGAACAUAUCAUAACCAAAACAUUUGGCGGUUAAUUGCCGAUUAUUUUACAAUUUUGCAAAGUACUGUUAUAGAAACCAUGGUAGACGGCUGUGGCCCUGAAAGUGAGACGUGGUCUCCAGAAAACACGCUCAGAGUUUUGAUCGCAUCCGACAUCCACUUGGGGCAUCAAGAAACAGACGCCGUUCGUGGAGAAGAUAGCUUUGUGGCGUUUGAAGAGGUUCUUUCUUUAGCAGUUGAAUAUGACGUAGACCUGAUUCUCCUGGGUGGUGAUUUAUUCGAUCAUGCAAAACCCUCGCCUGCGUGUUUGUUCAAGGCGACUCAGCUCAUUCGCAAGUACUGUUUUGGAGACAAACCUGUCGCUGUCGAAUUGCUAUCGGAUCAAAUGGAGAACUUCUCACGCAGUGUUAAUUAUGAGGAUCCAAAUCUCAAUGUAUCUUACCCUAUUCUGUCGAUCCACGGUAAUCACGACGACCCAGUAGGGCAGAGCAGUGUGAGCUCAUUGGAUAUUCUCUCCAUCACAGGACUCGUAAACUAUUUCGGCAAGUGGAAUGAUUACACGCAGGUUCGCAUAUCCCCAGUGCUUAUGCAGAAGGGUGCAUCUCGCCUCGCCCUAUAUGGCCUGAGCCAUCUUAAGGACCAACGUUUAGCUCGAUUGUUCAUUGAGAAGAAAGUUGAAAUGGAGCUUCCAGAAGAUGGUCAGGAUUGGUUCAAUCUUUUGGUGCUACAUCAAAACAGAGCUGAUAGAGGCCCCAAUAAUUACAUUCAAGAGAAAGUGUUGCCCAAAUUCUUGGACCUUGUGGUUUGGGGUCAUGAACAUGAUAGUUUAGUAUUCCCUAUAAGAGGCAAGACACAAAGUGGGGAAUUUUCAGUAAUUCAGCCAGGAAGUACAGUUGCAACAUCACUAGCUGCUGGUGAAUGUUUGCCUAAGCACUGUGCCUUGUUGCAGAUACAUCAUAAAGAAUUUGUGGUUACUCCAAUACCUCUUAAAAGUGUACGUCCUUUCAUAUUUAAAACUAUUGUUUUAUCUGAGGAAAAUUUAGGUGAGGAAGGAAUAAAUGAAAAUGAAAAGGUACAAGAUUUUUUGAGGGCCAAAAUAAAUGAUGCUAUAGAUGAGGCCAACAGGAAUCGUAGUGGACAUCCAAAACAACCAGCUUUGCCUCUGGUCAGGCUCAAUGUCUUGUAUGAAAGAGAAGGGCAAAAUUUUAAUCAUAUGAGAUUUGGUCAGAAUUUUAAUGGACUUGUGGCAAAUCCGACUGAUAUAAUUAAUAUGAAAAAAGAAAAGAAAGUGCGUGAACGUAAGUUGCUGGAAGAAGAAGAUGGAGACCUGAAUAUUGAGGGUGCAGCUCACGCAGCUGAUGUAGAAGAGCUUUUGCGUGCUUAUUACGCUGCUCUGCCACUGGAGAAACGAUUGCAAGUGCUGUCAGUGAGAGCUAUGACUGAUGCUGUACGCGACUUCACUCUUAAACAUGAUGAUGAAGUGUUUAAACGGGUGUUUGAGGCCCACAAACGCCGCUGCGUUGAGAUGUUGCUGCAAACAAAUGCAGAAACAGAGGAAGAGGUAGCAGAACAAUUGAGAAUUGGUAAACAAGAACUGGAUAUGGCUGAUGAAGAACAGCUGAAAAAGUUAAUUGAUGCUGCUGCUAGCAAGCCUCCUACACCUGGAGCACUCAAAAGAGCUAUAGUUGUGCUGUCUAGUGAUGAUGAUAUGGAACCUGAAACAACAGUGACGCGAGGAAGACUCGCUAAAGGUGGGCGUGGUGGUGGGACGAACAAAGGUCGUGGACGCGGCCGUGGAAGAGGUCGUGUGGAGCGCAACUCGUCGCCGCCUGCGCCUGCGCCAGCUCCGGAGCGUCGGACGCCUCGCCGCACAGCAGCACAGAAACCUCGUCCAUCCUGGUUGCAGAACUAUGUGGAACGGAGUUCCCGAAACCGUCGUAGUUCUCUUGAUAUUGAAGACUCAGAUUAAACUAUUUUCGCCUCUUAAUUGUUGUCUUCAUAUAUUAUGUGCAUUUCAGGUUAAGAUUUUAAUAAUACAGUAGAACAGACUGUCAAAUUAUUAUUUUAUUGAUAAAGUAAGCUGUACUUUGAUAAUGCAAAUAUUAAAUUGGAAGAUAAAACACG